GAGCGGCAGCCAAUGGGAGGCGCGGGCCGCGCGGUGCCGGCCGGGCUGGUCCGCAAGAAAGGCCUGCUAGCCCGCGCCUCGCCGGGACCGUCGCCGCCCGUGCAGGACAUCAUGCCACAGGAAGAGUAAGCUCUUGCCCAUUUUACCAUGGAGGACUCUGGGAAGACUUUUGGAUCAGAGGAGGAAGAAACAAACUAUUGGAGAGACCUGGCCAUGACCUACAAGCAGAGGGCAGAGAAUACACAGGAGGAACUCCGAGAAUUCCAGGAAGGAAGCCGGGAAUAUGAAGCUGAAUUGGAGACUCAGCUGCAGCAAAUUGAAACCAGGAACCGGGACCUAUUGUCAGAGAACAACCGCCUUCGAAUGGAGCUGGAGUCUGUAAAGGAGAAGUUUGAAAUGCAGCAUUCAGAAGGUUACCGGCAGAUCUCGGCCUUGGAGGAUGACCUGGCUCAGACGAAAGCCAUUAAAGACCAACUGCAGAAAUAUAUCAGGGAACUGGAACAAGCCAAUGAUGACUUGGAAAGAGCUAAACGAGCCACAAUCAUGUCCCUGGAAGACUUUGAGCAGCGUUUGAAUCAAGCCAUUGAAAGAAAUGCCUUCCUGGAGAGUGAGCUGGAUGAGAAGGAGAAUCUUCUAGAAUCUGUGCAGAGGCUGAAGGAUGAAGCCCGAGAUCUGCGGCAGGAAUUGGCUGUGCAGCAGAAGCAAGACAAGCCCCGGACACCCAUGCCAGGCUCAGGACAAGCCCAAAGGACAGACAUGGCGGUGCAAGCCACAGGCUCUGUGCCUUCUACUCCAGUAGCUCACCGAGGACCUAGCUCUGGUUUGAACACGCCAGGAAUGUUCAGACGUGGUCUGGACAGCUCCAGUAGUGGGACCCCACUCACACCUGCAGCCAGGAUAUCAGCCCUAAACAUCGUUGGGGACCUGCUUCGGAAAGUUGGGGCCCUGGAGUCCAAACUAGCAUCAUGCAGGAACUUCAUGUAUGACCAGUCCCCAAGCCGGACAAGCGGGCCAGCCUCAGGGCGAGGAGCCAGAAACAGAGAUGGUGUUGACAGAAGGCCAGGCAGCACCAGUGUGGGCGAUAAAGGGUCAGGAAAGCGCUUGGAGUUUGGGAAGCCAGCCUCAGAGCCAGCAUCACCAGCACUGCCUUCGACCCACGGUGUGGUCACGCUUUUGCUUUAGGACCAGUGGGAACUGCACUCUCACCUGUCUUCCCUACUGUAUAGUUGGCUUCAGUCGAUUUAUUUUCAAGGUAGUUUGAGAAAUAAGAGCCAGCAUCACCAGCAGUCACGUUGUGCUGUGCACCUAAGCUGACUAGGGCUGUGGGCGGUGGACUUGACGUCAUCUCUAUAAUGUGGCCCAGCCCCUAGCAGUGUGUCAUUGAAAUGAGCUGUCCCCCCCCCCCAAAAGGCAGCUCUAAAGUAUGACGUCAUUGGCUACCUAGAAUUUUAAUGGCCUCCAGAGGUGUUUUGAAUAUGUAUAAUCUUCAGAGCAGGACUAAAACCCAGCUCAGGAGCUCUCUGCAGCCUACUUCCAGCUGAAGCUGUCUUCUGGAACAUUCUCCUGGUGCUUUCACAGCAUGAGUCAAUUGUAUCUAGGACUGGGAGAUUACACAGACAAAGGCUUUAUAAAACGACGGACAUGUACCUUUGACAACAUUGCCUCUUCUUAGGUCAGUGGGAGGCCAUCCUCUAUAGAGAAACCCUGACUCCUGUCUUUCUUGAGUCCCCUGCCCUGAUGUUGGGGUGGCGUGUGCAUCAAGACCCUGGACAGCUUGCGUUACACUGGCCUCUGUUACACCAUCCCUAAGAACAGAACUUCAUCCAGCCAGCAGGGCUUCUUCCAGACACCAUAGAGCAGCCCGGCUGACUAAAGCUUGAGAUGGAGAUCACCGCCAGACGCUUCCUCGGGCUGUGGAAAGAUCAGCACAGGCCCUGCAAUGCCUGCUCAUCUCUGGGGUGUGGUGCUGCCUCAAGCACAGUCCACAAUGAGAAAAGCACACUAACACCAGAGCGCGACCCCCUUCACUGGCUACUAACUUAUUUUUUAGUUGAUUGGUAAAACUGGCCUAGAGUCAGACCUAGAACUUUCUGUGUGCUACUGACAUUCACAAGGUGGUUUUAAGCUGUUUGGCUAUUUGUUCCCCUUAGACAUAAUAACCUGGGAAAAGAUGGACUUUAUUUUUUAUAAGAAAUAAAAUAAAAUUAAAAGAAAUGCCUGCGCAAUA